GGCUAAUUCAUGGCUAUGCAUGAGGCAGCGACGGCAUUCCCAGAUAGCCUCUCAAUCUUCAUUGCUGAUUACCCAACAUUUCUCUCGAUUUUCUUUCUCUUCGUUUCCACAUACAUUUUAGCCUAAGCAAAGCUGAAAUCAAUCAAUGGCAGAAGAGAAGAAGCCGUCGGUGGAAAUCAACAAGCUGAGGUUCACCUACCCAGGAAUCGAUGGCCACCCGCCGCCUGGCUCCACUCCACUCAUCGACGAUUUCUCCCUUACUCUUUUUCCUGGUGACCGCUAUCUUCUAGUUGGAUCUAAUGGCGCAGGGAAGACGACAAUUCUCAAGAUACUGGGAGGGAAGCAUAUGGUGGAGCCACAUAUGGUUAGAAUUUUAGGACGAUCAGCAUUUCACGACACUGCUUUGACUUCUUCAGGCGACCUUUGCUAUCUUGGGGGAGAGUGGAGGAGAGAAGUUGCUUUUGCUGGGUUUGAGGUGCCUAUUCAAAUGGAUGUCUCUGCUGAAAAAAUGAUAUAUGGGGUUACAGGUGUCAAUCCCCAAAGACGAGAUGAAUUAAUUAAGGCAUUAGGUAUUAAUCUGUCGUGGAGGCUGCACAAAGCAUCCGAUGGUCAAAGGAGGAGGGUACAAAUUUGUAUGGGUCUUCUGAAACCAUUUACGGUGCUCCUCCUUGAUGAGAUCACUGUUGACCUAGAUGUACUUGCAAGGGCUGACCUUUUGAAAUUUCUGAAGAAAGAAUGUGAAGAACGAGGUGCUACAAUUAUUUACGCCACACACAUCUUUGAUGGUCUUGAGGACUGGCCUUCUCAUAUUGUUUAUGUAGCUAAUGGAAAAUUGCAACUAGCUACCCCAAUGAGCAAGGUUAAGGAGAUGAGCAACAUUUCACUAAUGAGAACAGUAGAAAGUUGGUUGAGGAAAGAAAGGGAUGAGGAAAGGAAACGGAGGAAAGAGAGGAAGGAAAAAGGGCUUGCGCCAUUCGAUAAACAGAUUGAUGGAACUCGUGUGGUAGGAGACCCAGCUCGCUCAUUAAACAAUGGUUGGGCUGGUGGAAGGCUACAUUCUACCCUUGCUGGUGAAGAAAAUUUUGUGUAUAGCUCAAACAGGGUUUUGAGGUAGUAAAGAGAUUGGUAUCCAAUCAUGUUUUUGUCACUUUUAGAUCUCGACUAUUUGACAUUUUUUAUACUUGACUUUCAAAGUUUCCACUUUAAGUCCUUUGGAUAUAGUGAUAGAGACACUUUUGUGUUUCAACUAUUGAGAAAGUGUCACUUUUGGUCAUUCAAAUUAUCGUAGUGAAUUUUUAGUCCUCCAUUUAUUGUGGCGAAGUCAUAGUGGAAGGAUUAAAAGUAUCACUUUUAUAAAACUUGAUCGACUACAUAUGAAUUUUUUUAAAGUUGGAUACCAAAAGUUUAUCUAUCACUUGGUAAUUCUAUGUCGAGUACUAAAAGUGACAUAAAAUAGUCGGAGAUAGUGGGAGGAUGAAAAGUGUCACAAACUCAUUUAUAAUAAUUCUGCUAUGUUUCUCUUAAUUAAUACUACCUCCGGUUUUUUUUUAAUCUUCACAGUUUGACUUCACACAAAAUAAGGAAAGAAAUUUGACUUUACUGUAGAGUACAAUGUGAGGCACUGUUUGACACUGUUUUGAUGUAGAUUUCUUUGCCAAAAAAGGAAAUAAGGAAGUGUGAAGUUUAUUUUAGACCGUCCCAAAAAGGAAAGUGUGAAGUUUAUUAAAAACCGGAGGGAGUACUACGUAUAUUAUUGUACAUUGCUCUAUUAAUAUCUAUUGAAUAUUAAGAUUUCCGACAAAGAAGAGUGGAUAAUAAAGGUGGUAAGAAUAAAUUC